AUGGCGCGAGCCAGCGAGCAGAUGGAAGAAAUGGACAGGCAUUUCUUCGAGGCUGAGUCGAUGAAGCAGCAGCGACUGAAGCAGCUCAGACUGGAGAAUCAGGGCAAGGUCACUGUCCGCGACUUCCAGGGUCGGCUCAAGCAGUACUGGCGCACGACCCUUGCUGGCGCCUACCCUCCGGGCGCCUGCCACAGCGCCGCUCGCGCCCUGGGGCGCGCGGCGCCGUCGGCAGCCUGGCGGCGAGAUGGUGAUCCACUGCUGCCCAGCCACUGGGAGGCUGAGCUCCAGCGUGCCGCAAAGCUGGGCAGCCUCCACAUCCUGGCCUUCGCCACCGCCUUGUGCGUCGUCACCGACUGCUGGGUGAACAAAGACCUGCCGCUCGUAGACACCCUGCUGGAGGAGUGCUUUGAGCAGCUCUUCCUGGGGGCGGGCAGCAAGGUCGCGGCUCGCCACGCGCUGGCGGCGUUCGCCCACCGCUUCGGCAUCUCGCUCCGGGCCCCCAGUGUCUUCCCCAAGGCGAAGGGUGCCCUCUCUGGCUGGGGCAAGUUGGAGCCUGACCUCACCUCGGGGCCGCUGUGCUGGGCGGCCGCGUGCCUCAUGGCCGAGUACCUCGCCGAACUCAAGACGGUGCUUCAGUUUGACACCUACCCCCGCCCUGGCGAGCUGCUCGGCCUCCUAGUCCCGUGUUGCCUCUUGCCUCAGCCCAGCGCCGGCUCGGGCUAUAACGAGAUGGGCCUGGUCGUUGGCGCCUCCGCGGUGGUCAUGGGCGACAACAACCACUCGCGGGUCACCAAGACUGGCCUGCAGGACGACACUGUGCUCAUCGACAGCGAGUCCCGGGUUGGCGUCGCUGGCGCCUUCGUGGCCGUGGUGCGCGCAGCCAACAAAGCCCGACAGGGCCGCCUCAUGUUCUUGCACACCUACGCGAGCUACAACCGCACGCUGAAGAAGGCCGCCGCCGCAGUCGGGCUGCUGUCCAAGGUCACAGCGCACCUUCCUCGGCACGGUGGCCCUUCGGAGGACUACCUGAGAGGCGCCCGUUCGCUCGCUGACAUCCAGGCUCGCGGCAGGUGGGCCAGUGUCCGUUCUGUUCAAAGGUAUCAGAAGAGCCGCCGUGCCCUCGCCUCCUUUUGUCGGCUCUCGACGGCCGUCAAGGCUGAGGCCAAGCGGGCUGAGGCUCGGGAGCUCUGCUUUCUUGCCUGGGCCUCGCGCUCGGCCCCCUGCGGCACGGACACCGGCGCCUGUUUCUCUUUCUCUUCGGCUUGCCAAUGGAGUGACAUGGGAUUCAUACUCCAGCUGCAUGGGUUAUUGAAUUCAGGUCUGGCCAGACGAUUUGAUUGA